GACGGAGGGGCAACCUCUUCGGGACUAACUCAUGAAGAACAAGGGUGCCAAGCAGAAGCUGAAACGAAAGGGAGCCGCCAGCGCCUUUGGCUGUGACCUGACGGAAUAUCUGGAAAGCUCAGGACAGGAUGUUCCAUAUGUAUUGAAGAGCUGUGCAGAAUUUAUAGAGACUCACGGCAUUGUGGAUGGAAUUUACCGGCUUUCAGGAGUCACCUCAAACAUACAGCGGCUAAGGCAAGAGUUUGGCUCAGAUCAAUGUCCAGAUCUGACAAGGGAAGUGUACCUCCAGGACAUCCACUGUGUGGGCUCCCUCUGCAAGCUCUACUUUAGGGAGCUCCCCAACCCCCUCCUGACCUAUGAGCUCUAUGAGAAAUUCACGGAGGCAGUGUCGCAUUGCCCGGAAGAAGGCCAACUGGCCCGAAUCCAAAAUGUUAUCCAGGAGCUACCCCCAUCCCAUUACAGGACCCUGGAAUACCUGAUUCGACACCUGGCACACAUCGCCUCCUUCAGCAGCAAGACCAACAUGCAUGCCAGGAACCUGGCCCUGGUGUGGGCACCCAACCUCCUCAGGUCCAAAGAGAUUGAAGCCACUGGUUGCAAUGGAGAUGCAGCCUUCCUUGCAGUCCGGGUCCAGCAGGUGGUGAUUGAAUUCAUACUGAAUCACGUGGAUCAAAUCUUUAACAACGGUGCUCCGGGGUCUCUGGAGAACGACGAAAACCGGCCCAUCAUGAAGAGCCUAACUUUGCCAGCCCUCUCCCUGCCCAUGAAGUUGGUGAGUCUGGAGGAAGCUCAAGCACGGAGCCUGGCUACUAACCAUCCGGCUCGGAAGGAAAGGAGGGAGAAUAGCCUGCCUGAGAUUGUCCCUCCCAUGGGCACCCUCUUCCACACUGUCCUUGAGUUACCGGACAACAAAAGAAAGCUCUCCAGUAAAUCAAAGAAGUGGAAGUCAAUAUUUAACCUGGGACGUUCUGGAUCAGACUCCAAAUCAAAGCUGAGUAGAAAUGGGAGUGUGUUUGUGAGAGGACAGAGGCUCUCAGUGGAAAAGGCUACUAUCCGACCAGCUAAAAGCAUGGACUCACUGUGCUCAGUGCCCGUGGAAGGAAAAGAAACCAAAGGAAAUUUCAAUCGAACAGUCACCACGGGUGGAUUUUUCAUUCCAGCAGCGAAAAUGCACACGGCUAGCACUGGCAGCUCAUGUGACCUCAGCAAGCAGGAGGGUGAAUGGAGCCAGGAGGGGAUGCCAGCAGGGGCAGAGGGGGGCUUUGAUGUGAGCAGUGACAGAAGCCAGCUCCAGGGCGCUCAGGCCCGGCCCCCACCAGAGCAGCUGAAGGUGUUCCGGCCCAUCGAGGAUCCUGAGAGUGAGCAGACAGCCCCGAAGAUGCUGGGCAUGUUCUACAUCAAUGACAGCCCCAGCAAAUCUGUCUUCACCAGCAGCCUCUUCCAGAUGGAGCCCUCUCCCCGUCACCAGCGCAAGGCCCUGAACAUCUCCAAGCCCUUUGCUGUGUCCGUGCCACUCCGUGUAUCAGCUGUCAUCAGCACCAACAGCACCCCGUGCAGAACACCCCCAAAGGAGCUACAGUCUCUUUCCAGCCUGGAAGAGUUUUCUUUCCAGGGCUCGGAGAGUGGAGGUUGGCCCGAAGAAGAGAAGCCACUGGGAGCUGAGACUUCUACAGCAUCUAUACCCAAGAAGGUGGCCCUCGAGGAUGCCAAGCCAGGACCAGAUGCAAUGAGAAGAGUGGAAUGCAGCAAAGGCCUUUCCCCAGAGCCAGGCACCCAGCUAGAGAAGACGACCUCAGAAAUCUCCCUCGGCUCUCAACAGUCAAGUGAAUUAGAGAAGAAGCCUGAUGCAGAGAAGGCGAUGGAAGAGGGUGGAGAGACUGGCCAGGUGGAGUCCAGUGCUCUGCAGGAGAGCCCCGGGGCCAGAGCCGAAGCCGUGUUUCUCCAUGAGAUGGAUGAAGAUGAUCUGGCCAACGCUCUGCUCUGGCCUGAGAUUCAACAAGAGCUGAAAAUUAUUGAAUCUGAGGAGGAACUCCCCUCGUUGCCACCACCUGCCCUAAAGAUUAGCCCAGCUCAGCUGGUUCUUGAGUCUAGUCCAGGGCCGUUUGCUUCCCCAGAGCCCGCUGGGAACUUGCCUUGUGGCUCCACCCCAGCUCAAGUCUCCGCCCCUCUGGGGGAGUGGGCUAAAGAUUCAACCAAUCAGAGCACACAGGGAGCUUCCACAGCAGCCAAUAGAGAAAAGUCGGAGGCAACCAGCCUCCUCCACAGAUGUGAGCCUGAGAAGGGCCCGCGCCCAGAUCCCGCCAGCCUGACUCCUCUGGAAAUAGUUCCAUUUGAGAAGGUUUCUCUACAAGCAAGUGUGGAGGUGGGAGACCCAGGGAAUCGGUCUCCUCUCCUCCCGCCUGCUCCUCCUCCACCAGCUCUUAUGGAGGAAGCGCCUCGAGUCCAUCCAUCGAAAGGCGACCCAGAGAGAGAAGACCCAUCCAGGAAUUUGAGAACAAAUCCAUAUAUAGACCAACUCAAUUUCAAAGGCAGCCCUGGGAUUCCCAGUCUUUGUCAGGGAGUCGAGGCUUCUCCAGAACAAAACGAAAAGCAAAAUUCAAAGAAUGCUGCUCCUGAGGAAAAAGACUCUAGCUUUCCCAGCCCAACCAGGGAGGUUCCCUCCCCACAAGGAGAGGGGGAUGUAACCCACUCAGUACAGGAGCCUUCAGACUGUGAUGAAGACGACACUGUGACAGAUAUUGCCCAGCAUGGCCUGGAGAUGGUGGAGCCCUUGGAGGAGCCCCAGUGGGUGACAAGUCCCCUUCACUCCCCAACCCUGAAAGAUGUACAAGAGGCCCAGAUGCAGAGUGCCCAGGGCCACCGAUUGGAGAAGAGGCUUUCCCAUCGGCCCAGCCUUCGCCAGAGCCACUCUCUAGACAGCAAAACCAUGGUUAAGAGCCAGUGGACUCUUGAGGGUCCCUCCUCCAGCAGCUGUGCUAAUCUUGAUGCAGAGAGGAAUUCUGACCCUCUGCAGCCCUUGGCACCCAGGAGAGAGAUUACUGGAUGGGAUGAGAAAGCCAUGAGGUCCUUCCAAGAGUUCUCUGCCUUAAAAAGGACAGAGGCUCCUCCCAACCAGAAGGGACCAGGUGGUUUGCAGUCCAAAUCAGCAGAAACCAGCCCCGUCAACUUAGCAGAGGGAAAGGAACUGGGGACACACCUGGGGCACCAUAGCUCUCAGAUUGAGCAAGGUAGUGCUCCUGAGCCAGAGAGCAGCAAGGAGAAGUCACCUGGUGUGCAGGACAGCACCUCACCUGGAGAGCAUCCCCCCAAGUUACAGCUGAAGAGUACUGAGUGUGGGCCCCCCAAAGGGAAAAAUAGGCCUUCUUCUCUCAACUUGGACUCUGCCAUUCCCAUUACUGACCUCUUCCAGUUUGAGAAUGUGGCCUCAUUUGGUUCACCUGGAAUGCAGCUCUCUGAGCCAGGAGAUCCACAGGUCACAUGGAUGACCUCAUCUCACUGUAAAGUAGACCCCUGGAGGGUUUACUCCCAGGACUCUCAGGACCUGGACAUCAUUGCUCAUGCCCUGACAGGCCGCCGUAACUCAGCUCCCGUGAGUGUGUCAGCUGUGAGAACCUCCUUCAUGGUCAAAAUGUGCCAGGCCAGGGCAGUCCCAGUCAUCCCACCGAAGAUUCAGUAUACUCAGAUCCCACAGCCCCUGCCCUCUCAGAGCUCAGAAGAGAGUAGGGUUCAGCCUCUGGAGGGGAGCAAGGAGGAACCUGGCUCAACUGGUGGGACCUCUCAGAAACUUGCCAAAGAUGAUUCUUUCUCCUCCUCAGAAAGCCCAAAGGAAGAGAAACCAAAGCAAGAUACAGAAGCCAUCGAGUCCUUGCCAAUAGAUGCCACCACAUGCCACAUGGGUGAGGAGCCCACCCUUUCUCCAGAACUGGGUUUGGCUCACCUGCUCUCCACCCAGGAUACAGUAGUGCAAUGUAGAAAGCGCACAUCAGAGACAGAGCCAUCUGGGGACAAUCUUCUUUCUUCAAAAAUAGAGCGACCAUCAGGGGGUUCUAAGCCUUUCCACAGGUCAAGACCAGGAAGACCUCAGAGCCUAAUCUUAUUCAGUCCUCCUUUCCCCAUUAUGGACCAUCCACCCACCUCAUCCACAGUGACAGAUUCCAAGGUCCUACUGUCCCCUAUCAGAAGUCCCACCCAGACAAUUUCCCCUGGCCUUCUUUGUGGGGAGUUGGCAGAAAACACAUGGGUCACACCAGAAGGGGUUACACUUAGGAAUAAAAUGACCAUCCCUAAGAAUGGCCAGAGACUAGAGACCUCAACCAGUUGUUUUUACCAGCCCCAGCGAAGAUCAGUGAUUCUGGAUGGAAGAAGUGGGAGGCAAAUAGAAUGACAUCGGCUCACCUGCUGGUGUCUGAAAAACAUGCCAUGAUUCACCCGGAAGUUAUUACAGGAAUAACUUGCCUUUAUUCCAGGUAGAGGUUAUCCAAGUUCGGGCUUAUUGUGGCCUCUUCUCUUUCUUCAGCCUUUUGGCCAUUUAUUAAUUAGUCCAUUUGCCAGAAGAAAGGUCAAGGGAAGGACCAAGAGAUGAAAUUCAGAUAAGCCUAUAUGACCAGGCAGGGACAGGUCAGGUAAAGGAAAAGGAUGAAAUGCUGGUCUUCAGUGAGACUUGGGGCUUAUGAGUUGCAUCACUUCCCCAUCGCCAUUAGCUAUUACUGUUGAGAGCUGGAUGUGUUGAUGUGUUAAUUUGAUAUGAAAGAAAGAGAAAUCCUUUGCCUGUGUUGGAAAAUGUUGCUAUCGAGGUCUGAAGGCCUCCUAUUUACUUCAUGCUUUUUAAUGCUCUUUAAAGCAUGUGUUCUUUUAGACCAGUUUUCUGAUAAGCUUUGUAAAAGUGUACUAUCCAGAAUAGAAGCAGAUUUGGAAAUGCAAACUAAUGUACACUUAGAUAUCCAAGUGGGUGAAUUUACCCAUGCUCCCUCCCUGGAAUCCCUGCAGACCUGUCCAAGAUGGCUCCAUAUACCAGCAUAGAAAAUCAGAAUCUAUAUUCACUCUGAGACUGGCACAAUCCAGGAAGACUUUCUGGCUUUAGCUUUUAUUCAUUUGGGAUUCCAACUGCCAUUAUCCUGCCCUCUGAUUUAUUAAUCCAGUAGCCGGACAGAGUUACCUCAAUGAAAUGCGCUGAAUCUUCAUUUAGGUAUGCGGUAGUGAAAUGAAGUGAUCUGCUCUCCUUCCAGUAUCAGCCUCACCCAUAGGCGGAACUACACUCCAAACUUUAAAUGGUUAAAUCAGUGAAAGCACCUCUAGUUCAGCUUCACUCUCCUUCCACACUAGGCUCGGACCAGAGUACUGGAGAAGGUAAGGGGGAGAGCCCCAGGAGAAGAGGGAAAUGCCCUUGCAGGGUGGCCAUCACUCCUGUUUGGUGAGAGCUGCCCUUCUUGAAAAUGUAUUUCAUUUUAACCCGGGGGUGCCUUCCUUUCUCCCUCCACUGCUCAAGAGCAAUAUGAGGCAGCCCUCUCCCUUCUAUAAUCCCUCUCACCCACUGCCCACCCCAGGCACUCCGACUUGCUCUUCUCCUGUCUGUAUGCAAGCAGAAGCAAUAAACCAAUCUAAUUUUAUUUCCGUUAUUUAGAACUUCAAAUGGUUCUUUCCUUUUCAGCUGGAGAGAGGAAGGAGAACCAACAUAACCUGCUGGCAGAUUUUUGGUGCUCUUCCAAAAAGGGCUUCUCAGGAGCCCUUCUCAAAGCAAAACCCAUCAGGAUUAUCAACACUUUCAAACCUUCUAAAACAAUUGUCUUGUUUGAGAAACAAAGACAGGUAGGACCUAUAUGUAGUCUCAUGCACCUCUUCUCAGGUCAGGGCUUGCUCUGUCUAGUUGAGUCACUGCAGAAAUUUCUCUAAGGGUUUGAAGUACCUCUGGGCAAACCUCAUGACCAAGGCUGGUGCUGGGCUGGGGAGGGGCUGAACUAAAGUUACCUCCUCCAGUGAGAGAUUAGAGGCUGAUGUCCUGCAGCAGAUACAUACUCCUCUCUCUCCUUCCCUGAUAAGCUUUACAAACAGCUUUGAAAUCUUGCCCAAACCUUUUAAGCCAGUGUCUACGGCAGAGAUAACUAGCAGGCCAGAUGAUGAGUUCUGCUUUCAGAGGGCACUGACAUGAGUGAGCAAGGGAAGCAAUUAAUAGGCCUUUGGUCAGUGUCUUCUGCAUUCUUUUUGGGUGAGCAAGACAUUGGACCGACAGCAAAUAAGCUGUAAACCCCUAAGGAAAGUCCUAGGGUACAGCAUUAUCCCCACUAGGCAAGCAAGGUGAAGAAAUACAGCGGUGCUAAAUGAGGAGGGCCAUGUUCAGCAGAUUUGAAAAGUACAUUCCUGCCUUAUCAGAAAGUGUGGUAGGCUUUAUGUCAAUCUUCAUGCACUGUGGUGUCUAUGCUUCGAUAAAGACCAUGUUCCAGUUAGAAUGUGAGAGAGGGUGGGAACCGCACUUUUUCACCAUCAGCACUCUGAGCCGAGUAAUAUUUAAACUAUUUUAUGAUUAUUUUAAAUUUUUGUUUGUAACACUUAGAGGAUAUAUUUUUAUUUGGAGAUCGACUGAGAAGCCACCAUUUACACAUUAACAGGCGAGUUCAACUUGAGGUUCCUACAUAGAUUUAUUAAGUGGCUGCCAUGUUCCUUAGACUCCGACAUCUUUCAUUUGUAGCAUCAUCUUCAGGAGUGUGAGUGUAUGAAUGUCAUCAUGAGGUGACAACUGUCUGGAGACAUUCCCUACUCUGAGCUUUCCUAGCCAAUCAAUCGGGAAGGCCUUGGAAGCCAACUCACCUUCUUGGUCUGUGUCCUGCUGCUAAAGUGUGGACCUCUCCAUAUUCAUAAACUUCUUGUGAGCUGGGACUAGUCUAGCACUGGUGAAAUUCCAUUCCAUGACAGAGAAAACUCAUUACAUUUUUCCCCUGAAAUUGUUCUCCCAAAUCUUUUGAAAUUAUCAAUUUGGUCAUCCACUUGGGACUGAGAAAUGAAACCUCUGAGAAUGGCUGGGGGAAUCAGAUUGCCUGCUUCCAUCCAGGAGAAGGACAGAAGAGGUACUGCUGUUCAUAGGAGGACUUACAUGGUGCCCUGGAAAGGGCUACAGAAUCAAAUUCUUAAAUGUGCCUUCAAAUCAACUACCAGUCCUCAAAGUGAGGAUGGCUGAUUUUAAAUGUUGAAUUUGAAGUGAAAUGCAUGCAUAUUCUAAUGUUUCUUUCAGUGUUACUGGUUGCUUAAGAAGAUAAUAAUCUAUACUUAUUGGCAAUAUGGAGCUCUCAGGCCUUUUUUCUUCUUUUUUGCCAAAAUGUACUAGGUAGAGGGAAUUUGGUUUUUAUUCUGUUUCAAGUGGAAUAUGAGGAGGCUUGACCAAAAGCCCCAUUAAGACAUUGUUAGCCUAAUCUAAGCUCUAAAAUUAAAAAUAUUGGCCAAGUCAAAAUUCUGGGUUCUGUGAAAAUUAAAAUGUAAACAUCAUCAUCUUCAACAGACAGUAUUUAUCAAGCGCUUAGUAAUAUUGCACUGGGUACCCUAGAACCUGAAAUUCUUGAGGAGUUUAAUGAAAAGGGGGAAAGGGUAGCAAAUGAAACAUCCCAUAAGCAACCAGGAGCAAGAUUUAGAACCCUUAAGUUACCAAAUGAAAGCAGAAGGGGAAAAUACAUAGUGACUUAGCAUCUUUUAAUAUGAUUGUUAAUAGUGUUGAGGUUACCUAAGACUUUAAUCAAAUUAAACACACUUACAAAUCCAGAAGGUACGAGGAAUAUAUUCAGUUAUUGAAAAUUUUGCUUAUCAAAAAAAAUUAGAGAGUGGUAACUAAAAAUAAAUAGUUCUGAGGUUUUGCCUGAUCUUAAUUGGUUGGGUUGUGAAGUCCUGUUGGAUCUCUGCAAAUGAGCCAGAUAUCAGGGUUCCAUACUCCUUGAGAGGGGGUUUUAGACACUUCCAUCUUCAUGAAAUGGGUUAACUCUUGUUGAUGAUGACAUUAUAGGUCCAAGAUAAAUUGUUACUUUUAUAGCUAAUGUUUAGCAAGUGAUAAUGCUACUUGACUAAAGUUGAGUGGGACAGUCAUUUGUCUACACAGGCCUUGUGUUCUGCCUGAAGAGCUACUGGGAAACAUAAGAUUCAUUUGUCUGGGAUUGGAAUGGGAGAGGUUCAGGGUAGGUCUAAUUCCCACCAGGAUUGAUUAGGGCCACAUUCUACCAUGGCCUGUGCUAUCUGAUGACAACAUGAAUCUUGGGGUUAAGUGUUGCCAGGAAUAUGAUUUUAGUCAUUUCUAGCAGGAAAGUCAGUUCAAAAUGUGGAAUGACAAAGAAUGUGUCCUUCUUUGUCAAUAACUUUCCUAGUAAGGUGAGGCCAGAAGAAGGAACAAGCACCUUUUCAAGCAUGUGAGAGGAAUGGGAGAUGGUAGAAGGAUGAUUCCCUGAGAUCAGAGUCAAUCCAGUUAGUAUAAAAUUGGGGCUGUCACUGACUGGCACACAGUAGAUCAUUUAGUAGUAUUGAAGUUCAUGAGCAAUGCAGGGAUCACUUCUACAAGGAUGAAGGAGGAUGUAGUUAAAUAUAAGAAACCCAUGAAAGUACACAGCCGUGUGUUUUACUUGGCAAAUCACAAUGCUUUGCAUUAACUUAAUGCCAUAGUAUUUCCUGGCUUAUAAUUCUGCAAGGUAAAGCACUUUCUCAAAGGAGUCUAUUAAACAGCCACACAAUUUCAGCUGUUGAGCUUGACAAAUGUUUCCAAAGAUAUAAUCAAAAUGUUUCUCUAUUGAUUAAAAAAGCAUAAAUAUUAAACCUAUCCAGAGACAUUUAAAUGUAAUUAAAACAGAUUGUUAUGCUUUAAAAGUAUACUCUAAUAAAUGAUAUAAAAUAUAAA